UUCCAACUCCAUUUCAUUCCAUUCUUGAACCAUUCUACAAACGACAACACUGACACAACCAAAAAAAAAAACAUUCAAGAAAACCCUUGUCAAAAAAACAUUCAGCAAAGUAAGAAAUUUUCAUACCUUCUCCAAUCUCCUCUUUGCUCUUCAUAACGUUUUAGGAGCUCGAAGAUGGCUGGCAAGUACAUCAUUGGUUCUAUUGUUGGAUCUUUUGCUGUUGCAUAUGUUUGUGACACUGUUAUUUCCGACGGGAAAAUAUUUGGAGGUACUACUCCAAGCACCGUUACUAACACUGAGUGGUGGAAAGAGACGGACAAGAAAUUCCAGGCAUGGCCUCGCACUGCUGGUCCCCCAGUCGUCAUGAACCCCAUCAGCCGACAGAAUUAUAUUGUUAAGUCAAGUCUUGAUUGAAAAAUUUGAGUUAUGCUGUUUUGUUCUCCCAGAUUUCAUUUGAAAUUCAACCAUUCUUCUGUUUUGAGCAAGGAUUUUUGCUCCUAUGCUGGAUUUAGACGAUACUGAAGUCAUUUAUCUCACUUCCUUAUAAGAAGAUUUUUGACAUAUGUUACAAACAAUCAAAAAAGAUUUGACAUAUGUUACAAUAAAUUCUUUGUUCAGUUUGCGCA